AUGUCCGGAGAUAAAUCCAAGACUUCUUCCCAGACCGAUGGGAAGGCUGCUCAGAGCAAGAAGUCUGAGAUGGGAAUGAUGUCCUACAAGAUGUACGUGUUCGACCAGGAGAACUUCCAGGGUCGCAUGAUCGAGAUCAGCAACGAGUGCAUGAACGUGUGUGAGCUGGGCAUGGACCGCGUUCGCUCCCUGCGCGUUGAGUGUGGACCCUUCGUGGGCUUCGAGCAGAUGAACUUCUGUGGUGAGAUGUACAUCCUGGAGAAGGGAGAGUACCCCCGCUGGGACUCCUGGAGCAACAGCAUGAAGAACGACUACCUGCUGUCCUUCAGGCCCGUCAGAAUGGACCCCGAGAAGCACAAGAUCUGCCUGCACGAGGUCGGAGAGUUCAAGGGCCGCAAGAUGGAGAUCAUGGACGAUGACGUUCCCAGCCUGUUCUCCUAUGGCUUCACCGACAGAGUUGGCAGCAUCAUUGUCAGCUGUGGAACCUGGGUGGGAUACCAGUUCCCUGGAUACCGUGGCAGCCAGUACCUGCUGGAGAAGGGAGACUUCAGGCACUUCAACGAGUAUGGCGCCCGCCAUCCCCAGUUCCAGUCCGUGAGGCGUAUCCGCGACAUGCAGUGGCACCAACAGGGCUGCUACACCAUGGCCAACAAGUGA